AUUUUUUCGUUAACAUGAGUUUUAGUACUGCCCUCUACAGGUGAAUUCUAAGUAAGAUCCCACGUGGGUUUAUUCGCGGUUUUUUUACCUGUGUUUGAUUUCAUGUUUACGAUUUAAUUUUGUUUACACAUUCUAUGGAUGAGUUACAGGAAGCUUGUGGAUUAUUUGGUUGUAUGUCGACUGGAGAAUGGCCCACAAAUGUCGACGUCGCUCACAUUAUACACAUUGGCUUGAUUGGUCUUCAACACAGAGGUCAAGAGAGUGCUGGAAUAGUAACAUCAAAAGGAGACAAUACCAAGAAAGUGUCAGUUCACAAAGGAAUGGGAUUAGUUAACAGCGUUUUUAAAGAAGACGAUCUCAUGAAACUUAAAGGUAAUCUGGGAAUCGGACAUACGAGAUAUUCAACACAUGGUGCUUCCGAGCAUCAGAACAUUCAACCUUUUGUUGUUCAUACAAAACAUGGGUUAUUGGCUCUGGCUCAUAACGGACAACUUGUAAAUGCUAAAGUUUUGAGAGAAAAGAUAUUGAGUCAAGGUGUUGGGUUGUUUACUGCAUCAGAUAGUGAACUAUUGACGCAGUUGCUUAGUAUGCCUCCUCCCGGAGGAGAACCUGAAGGACCAAAAUGGCCCGAAAGAAUUCAGCAGUUGAUGUCCAUAACUCCUACUGCAUAUUCUUUACUUAUUAUGUGUGAUGACACAAUUUAUGCUGUGAGAGAUCCAUACGGAAAUAGACCACUGUGCCUCGGAACAUUGAUUCCGGCGGGUAGUAAUUGUGACGAAAACAAAUUAGAAGAAAUUGACGGAUGGGUAGUUUCAUCCGAAUCGUGCUGCUUUCCUUCUGUUUCUGCUAAAUUUUUACGUGAAAUAGAACCCGGAGAAAUUGUUGAGAUCACGAAACAUGGACCGAAAUCCGUUGGCAUAGUUAAAAGACCAAAUGAUUCUGCUCCAGCAUUUUGUAUAUUUGAAUAUGUUUACUUUGCUAGACCAGAUAGUUUUUUGGAAGGUAGAAUGGUUUAUGGAGUUCGUGAAGAAUGUGGUCGCCAGCUUGCCAUAGAAGCUCCCGUUAAUGCUGAUUUAGUGAGCACAGUUCCAGAAUCAGCAACUCCAGCUGCUUUGGGAUUUGCUCAACAGUCUGGACUUCCAUAUGUUGAAGUUUUGUGUAAGAACAGAUAUGUGGGAAGAACGUUCAUUCAACCUACAGCACGUCUAAGAAAGCUUGCCGUUGCCAAAAAAUUUGGACCUCUCAGAGAUAAUUUUUAUGGAAAGCGAAUAGUAUUGAUUGAUGAUUCUAUAGUACGUGGAAACACGACUGCAGCCAUUAUCAGCUUAUUAAAAAAGGCAGGAGCAAAGGAAGUUCACAUCAGAAUUGCAUCUCCGCCACUUCAUUAUCCGUGCUACAUGGGCAUUAACAUUCCGACAAAAGAAGAGUUGAUUGCAAAUCGACUAAAUCCAGAACAGUUAGCCAAUUAUUUGAAAGCCACGAGUCUCGUCUACUUAUCUGUUGAAGGUCUCGUCAGCGCGGUUCAGAGAGGAAUCUCAAAGAAUAAUGAAAAAGAAAUAGGUCACUGUACUGCAUGUCUAACUGGAAAGUAUCCCGUAGAAUUAGAAUGUGUAAUAAAGUGGAUUUCUGUGAAGCAGACUUAUGAAGGUGAGCCAAAAAGCUUGAAAACAUUGGCAAUAGAGUAAUUUUAUUAGUUUUUCUUUGCAAAUAAAGAUUGCUGAAUUAUAGAAAUAAAUUUUUUAGAUACAGUUUCUUCUUUUGUAGAAGGUUUCUUGUAACAUUUUAAAUUAAAUAACUGAGAAUUUAGUCAGUUGUUACAAUGUUAGAAUUGCAUUUAUUUUGAUAAUCACAAUAUUUUUUCAAAUUAAUUUUAUUUAUUAGAGAAAUUAUGUAUUAAUUUUACCAAGCUAUUCUCUGUGAUGGAAUGUUUUAUAAAGUGCCUUAUUUGAAAUGUUUAAUUUUCAUUUGUAACAAUAAUUUCUGUUAUAUGAUUAUUGUAUUAUUGUAUUUAUGUAGAAGAGUAUUAAGAUGUCACAAUUUUAUCAAACACUAAUCAAAAUUUACUUAUAAUUAACCUUAGUCAAGUAGUUAUGUUCUAGUGUUAUUAGUCAUUCAAGUUGCGAGAUGCUUUCUGUGUUCUUUGUCAUAAUUUAUUAUUUGCAGAACAAGUAUAUUAAUAUAUUAGUGUCAAAUAUUAUUUUGUGUAAUAAUCGUAAAGGAUUAUUGCAUGAGAAGAUAAAUUCCUAUCCCAAUUUUUUGCAUUUUCUUAUCGGUUUUAUAGUAUCGGAUACGCUUAAUAUAAUUAUAUCAUUCUUUUGGUUUAUGUGUUCAAUAUUGCUUAUUUUAUAUGUGGCAACAAUGUCAUAUAAGCAAAAUUUGUCUUAAAAUGUUGCAAAAGUUUUGUCUACAUAAGUAUUUGUUGCUGUUACAAAAACUUAGUUACACUAUAAUCACUUUUACAUAAGUACUUCAUAUAUGGGACCAUCUUUUGAAUAGUUUACUAUGGUUUGUUCAACUUAGCUAGGUGCUUGAAAUUUUUAAUAAACAAUUAAAAUAUCAUAAAAAAUUUUAAUUAUGGGGAUUUGUGCAGGAGCUUUGUUUAAAUAAAUUUAAAUUCUUCUAUACAUUAAUAUUGUUACAUCGCAUCCUCGUCACUGACCAAAUACAAGAAAGAUUAGCACUUCCACUGGCAUUAUGCUUUGUAUGCUGCUUGGUAAUCAUUUUACACCUGUUUUAGUUCUCUUGCAUAAUGUUAUUUUUUAUUAUAGAAGUGUAUCUUUCUCCUUUUUAUACUUCUGUCUUUAGCUUUGUUUGUGCUUUAUGUAGGGUCACUUUUUUUAUCAAUUGUCUUCAUUCCUUUCUUUUGUUUUCAUCCUCUCCAACUGACCUUUCUCCAUUUUAUAUAUGGAUCAAAAUUCAAUUUUUGCAAGCAUGUAAUUCAAUCCCAAAUUGUGCAAUUAAAUGUAACUUGAGUUUUACUUGAGCAAAGUUUAAUUAUGUAUAGCUUGAGUAGAACUAUAGAAAAAUACACCUAUCAUAUUUAUUCUAAUAAACAGCAAACAGUUUAAGAACUGUUCUGUUUAUUAGAGGGCAUCUAUUAUUUCUGUUCUUUGGGAAUUGGGUACAAUUAUUAAUCGAAGGUAACUUUUUUCACCUUAUUAUUACUUAAACAACAACACAGAAUACAACUCACUGUCAAAGUAUUAGAUCAUCCUUCAAAAAUAUUGAUUUUGUUGUUUUGAUUACAUAUAACUUUUUUCAGUUGUUUUACAAUUUUCCUUUAUUUUUUUCCUCAAAAUUCAAUAUUUAUUUAACAGAAAAAAUUCACACAAUAGAAUUUUAAUGUGUUUUGACAUCAGAAAAAAAUUAAAUUAUUUUUCAUGUAUGAGACAAAAAUUUUAGAUUGGCAAAAUUCCCGAACAAAAAUAUUAGACCACAGUUUUUUAAAUUCUUGUAGGACCACCUAUGGCUUUUAUUAAAGCUGCAAUUUAUUUUGGCAUUUGAUCUACAAGAUAUUGACACUCAUUUGGUAUAAUUUCAUUUCCAACAUAUGUUAAUAUUCAAUAUCAAUUCCUCCUUGUUGGACAGUUUUGUUUCAGAUAUUUUUUCUUCACUAAAUACCAUAAAUUUUCAAUUGGAUUCAUGUCAGGACUUUGGUGGCCAAUCUAUAAUCCUGAUAUUGUUUUAUAACAACUUCAGUGGCAAGAAACAUUGUCAUUUUGAAAAAAUAUUCACUGUCUCCAAAUAUUUUCUUAAUAGAUGGAAUAGAAAAAUAAUUUAAAGUAUCUUUAUGUACAUCACUGUUUACAUUACCAUUGAAAAUGUAAACUUUGUCGUUUCCACUUGCAGACGUACAAUCCCAAAUCAUUACGCUGAGUGGAAAUUUCACAUUUUUACUUUAGGCAUGCUUUGUUAAACAUUUCUUCCGGUUGCCUCCCCAAUUUUCUUCCGACAUUGUCAUGACAUCCCAAACAAAUCAGACAUUCAUCUGAGAAAACUACCUUCUUCCAGUCGUCGGGAUUUUGGUCUUUAUAUUUUUUGGCCCAGUUUCAUCGGUUUGGGUGUAAUCAUUGGUUUAGUUUUUACUUUUUUGGAAUGGUAACCCAUAUAAGCCAAACAUUUAAUAACUGUUCUUGAAGACACUUGGACUCCAAAUUUCUCCACUUUUUUUACAAAUAUUCUGAAGAGUUUUGUCUUCUAAUUUUGAUGAUUUUCUAGGUUGUCAGAACAAUGUUUUUGACAUAUCCAGAUAACUUAAAUUUUCUAAUAUUUUGAACUCCAGUUUUACUUACAUUUAGUAGUGUUGCAAUUCUUCUCUGAGACAUGUUUUCGUUGAAUAAUGAUAUUAUUUGAAGUUCUAAAUUACAGUAAUACCUCGAUUUAAGCUAUCCCGACUUAUGCGAACCCGGAGUUACGUGAUUUUCAAAUCUCGUCGAUUCCUCUUUUGUUUGAGCGCCACGCAACUCUCGAUUACUCACU